AUGGUUUUGCCCUUAGUUAUUGGUGUAGGGGUAACAGUGGUAGCAAUAUCUGUGAGGGCUGGGGCUCAAGCAUGGUCUGUUUAUAAGACAUUGACGCCUAUUGCAAUAGCUAGGUUGAAUAACAUUAAAAUAAGGGACGAUUCAUAUUUCCAUAAAGAUUUGAGGUUCCUAUCGAGUCGAAUAGACCUCAAGUCGAAAACAGCACUGGAACAAUACGAAGGUGGUUUCCAUGAGAAGAUGAAUGAAUCAGAAGCUCUACUGAUCUUGAACAUCUCACCGCAUGAAAUCAAAAUGCUUAAUGAAUCUCUUCUGAAGAGGAAACACAGACAGGCAUUAGUGAAUAACCAUCCAGAUAAAGGUGGAAGCCCAUAUGUUGCUGCAAAAGUUAACGAAGCCAGAGAUCUAAUUAGAAAGAGCGUCUUAAUACGAAGAGAGUGA